UCUUCACAUCCGAUUCGAUUUCGUGUUGCUUCUUCUCUUCAGGCUCUCCCCGCUUUGAUGGUUGAAUCCAUCGCUUUCUUCUCCCAUUGUCUUUUGCUCCAGAAUUAGCUUCUCGCUUCUUUUUUCUUUCUUCGACAUUUUCGGUUCUCGAGCUUCUGGUUCAUCGAUAUCUCUUUGAUCUUUUCUUUUCUGUUGAGGAGAAAUGGCGGCAAACGGGAACGCAGAGUUCAGUUUCGCGAAGCAUGGAUCGGCGAGAAAUGGUCUGUCGAAAAUUCAGACGCAGAAGAACGGGAUCUGUCACGACGACAGUGCGCCGCCUGUUAAGGCGCAGACCAUUGAUGAACUGCACUCGCUGCAGAGGAAGAAAUCGGCCCCAACUACUCCCAUUAAAGGCACCGAAGGAGCCUUCGCUGCGCUCUCUGAAGAGGAGAGGCAGAAGCAGCAACUUCAAUCCAUCAGCGCUUCAUUGGCAUCAUUGACAAGAGAAACCGGGCCAAAAUUGGUGAAAGGGGAUCCGGCGAGGAAAUCAGAAACCGCCAAAGGCCAUGCGGUGCACCACCACUACCAUGCGCCGACAAUAAGCGUUAGCGACAGCUCCCUGAAGUUCACCCAUGUUCUUUACAAUCUCUCCCCAGCAGAACUUUACGAGCAGGCGAUAAAGUAUGAGAAAGGGUCAUUCAUCACGUCGACCGGUGCGUUGGCGACUCUUUCUGGUGCGAAAACCGGCCGAUCUCCGAGAGAUAAAAGAGUUGUCAGAGAUGAAACCACCGAGGAUGAUCUUUGGUGGGGAAAGGGUUCCCCGAACAUUGAAAUGGACGAGCAUACUUUCAUGGUUAACAGAGAAAGGGCUGUUGAUUACCUCAACUCAUUGGACAAGGUGUUUGUGAAUGACCAGUUCUUGAAUUGGGACCCGGAGAACAGAAUCAAAGUUCGUAUCGUCUCUGCAAGAGCCUACCAUUCACUGUUUAUGCACAACAUGUGUAUCCGACCCUCUCCUGAAGAGCUGGAGAAUUUCGGUACUCCGGACUUCACUAUUUACAAUGCUGGGCAAUUCCCGUGUAAUCGUUACACUCACUACAUGACAUCCUCUACUAGCAUAGAUAUUAAUCUUUCUAGGAGGGAAAUGGUCAUCCUCGGCACUCAAUACGCCGGGGAAAUGAAGAAAGGUUUAUUCAGUGUUAUGCAUUAUCUGAUGCCUAAGCGUCAAAUCCUCUCCUUACAUUCUGGCUGCAACAUGGGAAAAGAUGGAGAUGUUGCCCUCUUCUUUGGACUCUCAGGUACUGGAAAGACGACAUUGUCGACCGAUCAUAAUAGGUAUCUGAUUGGGGAUGAUGAACAUUGUUGGAGUGAUAAUGGUGUGUCGAAUAUUGAAGGAGGUUGCUAUGCCAAAUGCAUUGAUCUCGCUAGAGAAAAGGAGCCAGACAUUUGGAAUGCCAUCAUAUUUGGAACUGUGCUCGAAAACGUGGUGUUUGAUGAACAUACCCGAGAAGUUGAUUAUACCGACAAAUCAGUCACAGAGAACACAAGGGCAGCUUACCCCAUUGAAUACAUUCCAAAUGCAAAAAUACCAUGUGUUGGCCCGCACCCAAGGAAUGUGAUUUUAUUGGCCUGUGAUGCAUUUGGGGUGCUUCCACCGGUGAGCAAACUGAGCCUGGCACAGACCAUGUAUCAUUUCAUCAGUGGUUACACUGCACUGGUGGCAGGCACAGAAGACGGUAUCAAAGAGCCACAGGCAACGUUCUCGGCUUGUUUCGGGGCUGCCUUUAUAAUGUUACAUCCAACUAAAUACGCAGCCAUGCUAGCUGAGAAGAUGCAGAAGCAUGGCGCCACGGGAUGGCUCGUAAACACUGGUUGGUCUGGUGGAAGGUACGGCCAAGGGAACCGCAUUAAGCUACCAUACACUAGGAAGAUCAUUGACGCAAUUCACUCUGGCCAGCUUUUGAACGCAACAUACAAGAGAACCGAAGUAUUCGGGCUCGAAAUUCCCAUUGAGAUCGACGGAGUGCCUUCAGAAAUCUUGGACCCCAUUAACACUUGGUCGGACAAGAAGGCGUACAAGGAUACGUUGCUUCAGCUGGGAGGUUUGUUCAAGAAGAACUUUGAGACAUUUACCAACUACAAGAUUGGGAAGGAUAACAAGCUGACAGAUGAGAUACUCGCAGCUGGGCCAAAUUUCUAAAGCGGAAGGCGAGAUGAAGCUUCUGCUAAAUGCUCUGGUAUGGUGCUUUUCGUUCGAUAAAAAUGUUCGUCUUUAGUUUGUGUGUACAAAUGGUGUCCGGUCCCUUCAGUGUUCUUCACCACCAAAUGAGAGUAAUAUCUCAUCCUGUUUAUUUACCUUUGUAUUUGGGGUUUAUAUAUAUCAAUAUAAGAUCCAUUCCUUUUCUAUUUA